AUGAGUGAUACAGAUAAAGCUUUACCGGAUCGUGUGGUUGUUUCUCCAGAAAGGACCACCAAUAAUAACGAUGCGGGUCAGGAUAAAAAGCAGACUCAAAUGACACAGCCAACACAACCGUCCGGCCAUGACCUAAUGAUAGACACCUCGGACCAGGAGUUACUAAGCGAAGGAACAAUAUGUCGAUUGGUAUGCACAUCCUCCAAGGACGGAACAACUGGACACUUUGAUCUCAAACUCAAGCCCGGGACUCAUUCAGCUAUUGAGGAAUGGACAUUUGGUAGAAAUCAGUUAUGUGACUUCGUGUUACCGACAAAAAGCAAUAGAAUCAGCAACAAGCAUUUCAAGCUUUGGUUGAACAAAGAGGGCCACAUGGAGAACGGUAAAGUUGGUCGUUACGACUCAUUGAUGGUACAGGAUCUCUCAACCAAUGGGACAUACUACAACGGGUCAAAACUCGUGAAGGGAAACAAUUACAUGAUAACGCAAGGUGACGAGAUAAGCGUUGGGAUUGGUGUGCCGGCUGAUGUUAUAAGAUAUGUGGCUCUUUUCCCGAUUUCAACGCGAACAUCCUCUUCGGGAAGUGCGAACCUGAAAGGAGGAAUAGCGGAUGACUUUUUGAUCAAGGAUGAGGUUGUUGGGUCUGGUGCGUUUGCAACUGUAAAGAAGGGCAUUGAGAGGUCCACUGGUAAAACAUACGCAGUGAAAAUUGUGUCGAAGAAGAAGGCCAUGACAGGAGAUCUUGAUACCGUUAGUCGAGAACUCUUAAUCCUCAAACGACUCGACCACCCUGGAAUUGUGCGAUUGAAGGCCUUCUACGAAGAUGCCGACAACUACUACCUAGUGAUGGAGUUUGUUUCUGGUGGUGACCUCAUGGAUUUUGUAGCUGGUUAUGGCUCUGUUGGUGAGGUAGCUGGUCGUGAAAUUGCUCGUCAAAUCCUUGAGGCUAUCAAGUAUGUUCAUGAGCUCGGAAUCUCCCACCGUGAUCUCAAACCUGACAACAUUCUAAUUGCGCAGGAUGAUCCGGUUAUCGUGAAGAUUACUGAUUUUGGUCUGGCAAAGGUGGCUGAUACGACUAAUAUAAUGAAGACGUUCUGUGGAACACUAGCAUAUGUUGCACCCGAGGUUAUUUCAAGCAGACAUUCCAAGAGGAAGAGUCUGCAGGUCUCCCAGGCUUCUAAGGAUGUCUCCUACUCUUCUAAAGUUGACAUGUGGUCUUUGGGAUGUUUAGUUUUUGUCAUUCUCACUGCGCAUCUUCCAUUCAGUGGUUCCACUCAAGAGUCCUUAUUCAGGAACAUCACUACAGGCAAUUACCACGAGUCGCUUCUGAAAGAGAACGAUAUCUCAAUUGACGGAAGACAGUUUGUGAGAGCAUUGUUGGAAGUUGACUUCAUGAAACGUCUCAAUGCCAAAGAAGCGUUAGAACAUCCUUGGUUCAAAGGAUGUGAUAAUGAGGAUAGUCAGAUCAGCUUGUCCCAGAGCCAAUCUCACCAGAAACGGAUUGAGAGUCAGAAACAGAGCCAGAAGCAGAGUCAGAAGCUAGAACUUGAACAAUCGCUGAUUGCUUCUCCCAAAUUUGUUGUUCCAAAGAUACCUGCCAGUCAAACUCCUGUUGUCAUUCCAGGUAUGAAAAUUAGAGUUGAAGACUCGCCGGAUAAUCUCAAGCUGGAGCAUGCAACUUCAAUGGUAUCUCUCGAAGAAGAGGAACUGAAGUCGUUUCCAAAAGCUGACAGAGAUGCUUCUCAGAUUGCUGCCCCACCAGGAACUUUCCUUUCCUUGAUAAAGGAUGCGGGUUCUGUUUCACGCGUGGGAUCCAUACAUGUUCCUCAGGGUUGCAACCCUUUUGUGAUCGGCCGCAUUGCCAACUCACAUUAUCAAAUCUCUGAAAGCAGAAUAUCGAAGAUUCAUUGCAUGAUAAUGAAAAAGCGCCAUCCAGUGCUGCAAACUUCCAUCUUUGAGUCACCUGCCAUGGGUCUUGAUGAUGUUUGGCUACUUGACUGUUCGACGAAUGCCUGUUUCAUUAACGGAAAGAGGAUUGGAAAGGGUAGAAAAGCAAGGUUGUCCAAUGGUGACCGUAUCCACAUCUUUGUGGACUUGCCUCACAACGAACGUCUGAGCUACAAGGUGGUGAUCAAUGACGGAACAGGAUUAUUUAAUGGUGGACAGAAAAGUGGUGCAGAGUCCUCUGAAGAGAUGAAUAUUAUAGAGCAAGACGAGUACGACAAAAAACUCUUCCCUGCCAACCUUCUCGCCACAGAUGCUGUGAACAGAGGGAAACGCGCUCAAGAUUCAGUUAUUACGACAAACCCCAAAAAGCCCAGGCGGGCGGACUUAAGUAAAAUUACAUGA